AUGAAAGAAACAAUAUGUUUGGCCUGACCGCGGACGAUUUUAUCUAUGCGACUUUACUGAUUAUAUCUGUAUUUUGUGGAACUUUUAUUAAGCAGACAAAGGAUGCGAGACACAAACAGCUCCUCAGUAGUACGAUAGGGGCGGGGAUGGUUCUGGUUGUGUGUGGUUUUCAUUUAUUACACUCUUUUAUUACUGCUCUUGUCAAUGCCUUGCUUGUGUUGUGGAUCUCACCAAGGUAUUGCCACAUAGUAAGCUUUAUGUGGUGCUUUGGGUACCUUACCUUCUUUAGAACCACACAUUAUUUUGGACUUCCAAAGGUUCCUUCUCAUAGCAAUGCAGUGCAGCUGUUGCUUACUCUCAAGAUGGUUGGUUUGGCAUUUGAAUUACAUGACAGCUACAAAAGGCAGCAGAAAGCCAAGUCAGCAGAGGAUUGCCAACAAGAUGCUCAAAGACAGAACCUGGCACUGGAAGCAGAAUACAGAAACAUUAAUCCCAGCUUGAUGGACAUAAUGCUGUACAGUUACUGCUAUAUAGGUUUGCUCACAGGUCCAUACUUCAAAUACAGAACAUACCAUGACAUGCUGCAUAAUGAACACACAGCCAGUAUUCCAACAUGGCAGCCACUCCUAGAAAAGCUUAAAGUGCUUCCAGUCUGUGCUUUGUUGUUCAUUGUAACCUCAAUGGUAUAUCCCCUAGAGUAUGUGAAGACAGAAGAGUUUCACCAGCGCUUCUUCUUGUACAGGCUGUGGUAUAUGAUAGUGACGUUUUUUAUAUUCCGUAUGAGGAUAUAUUCUGCGUGGAUACUGUCAGAGAUGGUGUGUAUCACGUCUGCUCUAGGGGCUUACCCCAAGGACAGUCGACCAAAACGGGGCCAAGGACCAACCAACUUGGGGACUUUGAAGGACCUAGAAACCAGUGCAGAUGAAGUAGAGUAUGAUUUUGAAACCAUCCAUAAUAUAAGUCCGUCAGGCUGUGAGAUGUCAUCUACAGUGCGUGAAGGAAUGAAGAGUUGGAAUAUGUCUGUCCAGUUUUGGCUAGCACAUUUUGUGUACAGUAGGGUGCCUUUCAGAUCUAUCAGAACAUUUCUCACAAUGCUGGUCAGUGCGUAUUGGCAUGGCAUCCAUCCUGGUUACUACCUGAGCUUUCUAUUGGUUCCAUUUGUCCUCAUGGCAGAGGACGCCAUGAUCAAGGCCUUUCGGGACAAUGCCUCCAACAAACAGCAACAAAUAUUUGACUGGUUCUGGUGGUUUUUCAAGCUAAGGUUCCUUGAGUACAUGUCCAUGGGUUUCCUGUUGCUAGGACUAUAUAGCACACUAGACUAUUGGAGCAGUAUCUAUUUCUUUGGCCAUGUCAUGACAGCAGUCUUUUAUGUCACAGGGUUAGUGUUUAUGAAAAGGAAAUCAUCUGGGAAAAAGAUGGAAUAAGAGCUUUAAACAGAUAUCUGUAAAAAAUAAUUCGUUUUGCUUUGGUAAGAUAACAGUAGGUCUACAUUUUAAGCCACCAGUGGAUUGGAAUGAUUUUUACAAAGGUAAUACCUUUUUUACUCUUAUUUUAAAAAUUUAAGUACGUGAGAGCUCUUUUUAUAAUCAUAUAGUACAUGUAGUAUUAAGAUGUUAAAGUCAUUGUCAGGCCAGGUGGAAAACAAAAAGUUUGUGAAAAUAGGCUCUUGCUCAUAUUUUACCUUAAUGAAAGAAUAUAUAUGAUAUUUUGUCCAAGAAUUCUGCUUAUUUUUUAAUGUUUAGAUGAACUAUAGGUGGUUUAUUUUCUUCCCAUCACUUCUCUUCCAAUUUAUGGAAUUGUUCAGUAUUGAUGUUAAAAAAUAUUGUAUAUAUAUUUAAAUUUAUUUUUCAUGUUGUUAUUUUAAUGAAUUCAUGUUUUUGUAUACAAGACUAGUCAGGACAAUCAUGUUGUGUUUGAUAUAACCACAUAUAUAAUGGAUCCCUAUUGGGCUAUUGCAUGUGUCAACCAAAUAAUAAAAAUGAUGUGUAAUCACAGCUUGAGCUUCUUGGAACUGUCCACAUCUAAUCCACAUUUACUUUUAUCCGUAUUUUGGAAAGUUUCUUGUAAAGAUCUCUUAUUAGGAAUGCAUGCACUGACAAGCAAAAGACUUUCUAACUAGAAGGAAAUUGUAAGCACAUUAGAGAAUACCAAUGAAUUCCUCAAACUGCUCUGUUAUCUUAUAUGUACAUCUUUUAUGUUCAAAUAAAUUAGCUACAAUGUGUAAG